CUGGGUCCAGCUGGAGGCCAGAGCCAGGCCCCUAGGGCAAAGGGCAAACGGCCCCUCCAGGAGGGAGCCGGGAGAUUACGCAGCUCCAUGUAGGUCCACGUCUAGGUUGGAAGGAUCCACCAUGAAGAAGGUCAAGAAGAAAAGGUCAGAGGCCAGACGCCACCAAGACUCUACCUCCCAGCAUCCUAGCUCCAAUUCCACCUCUCAGCAGCCUACUCCUGAAUCCACGCCACAGCAGCCUAGUCCUGAAUCCACGCCACAGCAGCCUAGUCCUGAAUCCACGCCACAGCAGCCUAGCCUUGAAUCCACACCACAGCAGUCCAGCCUUGAAACCACCUCCCGGCAGCCAGCAUCCCAAGCUCUUCCAGCACCCGAAAUCCACAGCUCCUCUCACUGCCUAUUAUCUCCAGAUGCUAACGUGAAGGCAGCCCCUCAAUCCAGGAAAGCAGGGCCUCUGACUCGCGCCGGCCCGCAUUCCUGCUCCUGUGCCACUUGCCCCUACAGCUCUGCUUGCUGGCGUCGUCUGGGGCUGUGCCAUAGCCGCAUCUUCGAUGUCCUUCUGCCUCGGGACUGGCAGAUGGCACCAGGGAGAGGACUCCCCAACCUGCUCACCUUCUACAGAAAACCUUCAAGAAAACCCUCCAGUCAUCGUAACGCGUGUCCUCCAAGCCCUCGGAACUGUGGCUGUGGCUCUGGGGGCUCUAGGAGCUGCCUACUACAUCAUUGAAUCCUUGUGAACCAGCCCCUAGGCCCACGAUCUGGCAGAUCCAGUUUCCAUCAAAGGACCUCUCUUGUCACCAAAAUUUAAAAAAAGAAAAAAAAAAAGAAUUCUGUUUCUUUAGCAUGUUUCACUUAGAGACAUCAAA